GUUUAGACGUGUAUAUUCAUUUUAGGAUUAGCCAGAUUGUCAAUCCAUGUGUUUAAAAGCCAAAAACUAGCCCAACGUCAAAGUCUCCUAUCUGGCGAGUCCUCGAUCAAUCUCUUUCUGUUUAAGCCUUGGAUAUGAAAAAUUGAAAAUGGAAACGUCAAGAGACGCUAUGGAAGAAGGAUUAAUACUGGUUGUUAAAGAUAAUGAUGAUGAGAAGAGAUUAAUAACAUGGGGUGUGUUGUUGGAAGAGAUGAAGAAACUAGGAUACAUAGCAGGGCCGAUGGUGGCAGUGACACUUUCGCAGUACUUGUUGCAAAUUAUAUCUGUGAUGAUGGUUGGUCAUCUCGGCGAACUUGCUCUAUCCAGCACCUCGCUUGCCACAUCUCUCUCUAUCGUUACUGGCUUCAGCCUAAUCUCAGGGAUGUCUAGUGCACUAGAAACUUUAUGUGGACAAGCUUAUGGAGCUCAACAAUACAAAAAAGUUGGAACUCAAACUUACACUGCCAUCUUCUGUCUGUUAAUUGUUUGCAUUCCUAUUGCUGUUCUUUGGAGAUAUACCGGAGCACUACUGAUUCUUGUUGGUCAAAGUCGUUCAAUUUCUCAUGAAGCCGGAAAAUGUAUCACUUGCCUUAUUCCUGCACUCUUUAGUUAUGCAAUUCUUCAACCACUUGAUAGAUAUUUCCAAAUGCAAAGCUUGAUAUUGCCGAUGCUUGCUAGCUCAAUGGUUGCAUUAUGCAUACACAUUCCUCUUUGUUGGGUACUUGUGUAUAAAACCGGAUUGGGGAUUAUUGGUGGAGCAAUAUCUAUCGGGAUUUCUAUGUGGUUAAAUAUUAUCAUCCUCUUAUCUUACAUGAUGUACUCUCCCUCUUGUGCGAAAACACGUUCACCACUCUCACUUGAAGUGUUUCAUGGGAUGAAACAAUUCUUUAGAUAUGCUGUUCCGUCCGCAGUUAUGACCUGCCUUGAAUGGUGGUCUUACGAAAUUCUCAUAUUGCUUUCUGGGCUGUUACCAAAUCCGGAGCUUGAAAUUUCAGCUCUUUGUGUGUGCAUCAAUUCUAUUGAUACACUCUUUACUAUACCAUAUGGAUUUGGUGCGGGCGUUAGCACAAGAGUCUCGAAUGAACUAGGAGCAGGGAAUCCACAUGGUGCUCGUGUGGCUGUUUAUGCAGUCAUGCUCCUUACACUUAUUGAGACAGCUAUAGUCAGCUCAACUGUUUUUGCCAAUAGGCAUAUAUUUGGAUACAUUUUUACAAAUGAUAAGGAAGUCGUUGAUUAUGUCGCAAAAAUUGCCCCUUUUCUCUGUUUACACAUUGUAAUGGAUAGUCUACAAGGAGCCCUUUCAGGUGUUGCAAGGGGUGUGGGAUGGCAAGAUCUAGGAGCAUACGCGAAUCUUGCUGCAUUCUAUCUUGUUGGAGUCCCGGUAGCUGCGUUAUUAGGCUUCUGGACCUCGCUAAGAGGAGAAGGCUUCUGGAUUGGAAUAUUAGCUGGUGUCACCAUACAAUUUAUUCUACUUUCACUAGUAACAACUUUUACAGAUUAUGAAAAACAGGCAACAAAGGCGAGGGAGAGAUUAAACGAGGAAGAAUAAUGUUCUAUACAUGUUGAUGUUCAUAUUUAGCGAUCAGUUCUUCCUGUAGUAAUGAUCAGUUAGAACUUUUAUGUAUCUUGAAUCUGCAAAGAAAAAAGCUUGAUUGA